AAAAAAAGAAGGUAUAUAACCAACGCAAGAAUAUUUCGUACGAUUUCACACACCCAAGUGAUUUUAUGAUUAUAAAGUGUACAAUUGUGUCAAGUAUAUAACAGGGGCUGUUAUGGAGUGCGUUGCGCGGAUGGAACUCGCUGAAAUUUGACUUCUGCUGAUCAACUUGUCGCUUGAACCAUUUAUUUAUGUUAAUCAAAGUUUGUUCAAACAACAGCGACAUGCUUCGGCAUAUUACACGGGUGAAAAACAAUAAAGUUGUUAGAGUGUAAAGAGUGUAAAAUGUUGUUGUUCACGUUGGUAGGAGGUUAUAUAUUAACGUCAAUGAUAUUUUUUAAAUUUCCAACGUUGUUACAUAAAAAGAAACAAGUGAAAUUUAUGUGCCAGCAUAUUAGCCACAGAGGAGGGGCAGGCGAAGGUUAUGAGAACACAAUGUACGCUUUUAAACGAGCUGUGGCAAUUGGCACAGAAAUGUUGGAAUUGGAUUGUCAUUUGACAAAAGAUGGAGAAGUAGUUGUCUCACAUGAUCAUGAUCUUUUGCGUAGCACAGGCACAAAUAAAAGUAUUUCAGAAGUGAAUUACAAGGAUCUACCUCUACUAAAACCGCGUCUUCCAAUAGAUUUUGAUCCAGAUGCAGAAUAUAUUGGCACAGAGAAAGAGGAAGAUAGAAGAUUUGCUUUAUUGAAAGAAGUAUUUGAAGCAUUCCCUAAUAUACCAGUUAAUAUUGACAUUAAGGUCAAUGAUGAUGAACUUAUAACCAAAGUGUCUGAAUUAAUAAAGGGAUAUAAUCGUGAAGAGUACACUGUAUGGGGAAAUUUUAGUGAUGAAAUAACACGAAAAUGUUAUAGAACGAAUCCUAAUGUAAAUUUGUUAUUUUCUAUGAGACGUGUAAUUCUAUUGAUAGUUUUCUUAUACACUGGUUUAUUACCAUUUGUACCUCUAAAGGAAACACAUUUAGAAAUAUUUCUACCUUCCAUUUAUUUAAGACGCAAAGGCAGUCCAAGUUCAACAUUCUUACCUUUGGAAAAAAUACUUGUAAGGACUAUUAAUGUAUUGUUAAUGAGAAGAUGCUUAUUUAAUCAUUUAAGAGCUCGUGGAAUACAUGUCUAUUUUUGGGUUUUAAACGAAGAGGAAGAAUUUAAAAAAGCUUUUGAUCUUGGAGCUACAGGUGUAAUGACAGAUUACCCUACAAGAUUAAAAUUAUUUUUAAAUAAUUGUCCUGCUGAAUAAGAGGCUAAAUACAGAGAUUGAAAGCGAUGUUAAUACAUAUUACGUACACGAAAUAUUUAUUAAUUUACUUCCGAGAAGUAUAUACACUGUUAUAGAAUUUGUAAAGCUCUUAUGACAUAACCGAAUAUUACUUACAAAUUAU